AUGAGAGAGAGGGCAUAUUCCCUCCCACACUCUGGCUUUCAAGGGGAGUGAGUGCUUUUUGAACCCCCAAUUGAGAAGUUUUUGAUUCCUUGUUCUUCCUUCAAUCCAAAAUGGCCAAGAAAUUGAUAGUCACCCAUUUACUCUCCUCUUUCUCUCGCUGAAUCCACCAAAUAAGGGUGCGGGGAGGGGAGAAGAAGCAGGGCCGAGGGGGGUUUGUGAAGAAGAUGUCUGGUGUCAAUGUCAAUGCUCUGCUCAGCCCCAAGCCGAGAAUCAGAAUCGGGUGCAGGCCAAUUGGGUGUAAGAGAUUGAGUCGUUUUUGUGGUGGGGUUUGGGGUUCCUCUGCUGUGGUAGCGAACCCUUCAAGAUCGGCUGAAGAAAGGGUGUAUGAAGUGGUGUUGAAGCAAGCGGCUCUUGUGAGGGAACCCAGAAAGGAUCGAGAGAGAGGUUUGGAUUGGGAGAAAACCAUAGAAAAUGAAGGCAGUAUCAGUGAUGAUGGGAAUCUCUUGAAUGAGGCUUAUGCUCGCUGUGGUGAGGUCUGUGCUGAAUAUGCCAAAACGUUUUACUUGGGGACACAGCUUAUGACACCAGAGAGAAGAAGAGCUGUGUGGGCGAUUUACGUGUGGUGCAGAAGGACCGACGAGCUUGUGGAUGGACCUAAUGCUUCACACAUCACCCCUAAGGCUCUUGCUCGAUGGGAAACACGACUAACUGAUCUGUUUGAGGGUCGACCGUAUGAUAUGUAUGAUGCUGCUCUUUCCGAUACGGUCUCAAAAUACUUCGUCGACAUUCAGCCCUUCAAGGACAUGAUCGAAGGAAUGAGGGUGGACUUGCGAAAAUCACGAUACGAAAACUUCGACGAGCUUUACCUUUAUUGCUAUUAUGUAGCUGGGACUGUGGGGCUCAUGAGUGUUCCUGUCAUGGGAUUGGCACCCGAGUCGAAAGCUUCAGUAGAGAGCGUCUACAAUGCAGCAUUGGCUCUCGGACUCGCCAAUCAACUCACAAACAUUCUUAGAGACGUCGGAGAAGAUGCUAGGAGGGGAAGAGUGUAUCUCCCACAAGACGAAUUGGCACAAGCAGGGCUAUGCGACGACGACAUAUUCGAAGAGAAAGUGACGGAGAAGUGGCGGAGUUUCAUGAAAGGGCAGAUAAAAAGAGCAAGAAGGUUCUUUGAUGAGGCUGAGAAGGGCAUUGCAGAGCUGAGUGCAGCCAGUAGAUGGCCAGUAUGGGCAUCCCUAAUGCUUUACAAGCAAAUAUUAGAUUCCAUUGAAGCGAAUGACUAUGACAACUUCACCAAAAGGGCAUAUGUAAGCAAACCAAAGAAAUUGCUAUCACUUCCCAUAGCCUUUGGAAGAGCUAUGAUGAGCCCUUCAAACUCAAAGAUUUGGUAACAAAAUAGAAUUUUUUUUUUUUUC